CUGGAAGGCAAAAUCAACCAACCAGGCAUAAACCUUGCAAGAGCCGGUGUACGCAAUGCUACUGGUUCUGUUCCUCGUCUGUGUGUGGUGGUGCAACAUACCAGGGGACGCAGAGGUGGUGAACUCUUUUGAGGAAACGUGCCCCCAGUUUUUCUUCAAGGGAGUCCCUCCGGGAGUCGGACUGCAGCCCAACCGCCCAGCAUGGAUCUGCCAGCGUUACAAAAACCAGUACCGCUAUGCCACACUGUAUGACAAAGAUCACCGCAUCCCUGUCUACUCGGCCUACAUCUACAACCCUGGGCAGGCAAAGAGGCCCAAAAAUUGGAUGGUGGAACCCCAGCUUGUCGAUGAAUUGUUGCCACCCGAAAUGUCUUCAGAAUCGGCCAUCGUGAAAAAAUUCCGCAGCACGCAGGCAGAGCUGAUGAAAAGUCAGGCCGUCUCGCAAGAUUACAAGAACCUGGUCGAUUACAACAGGGGCCACAUGAACCCCAAUAGUCACCAGCCUGACUUGGACGCCAAGAAAUCCACCUUCACCUUGACCAACAUUGUGCCUCAAUAUAUCAAGCUCAACGGCGGCACCUGGAACCAAUACGAGCAAUACACGAUGUCAAGUAACACCCAAGGGUGCAAAGAGACCUUCGCCAUAGUGGGUGCAGUGCCCGGGAACAACUACAUAGCCAACCGGCGGGUCAACAUACCCAGCUACGUCUGGUCUGCGGCCUGCUGUUUCAUAGACAACAACCACCUGAGGUCCUGGGCCGUCAUUGCCUCGAAUGAUGAGAACGUGGCGGAAGAUCUCACUUUGGGGGAACUGGAAGAGGUACUUGGUGUCCUAUAUCAUGGCCGCAGCGUCUCCCUGUUUCACAGCGACUGUCCCCGAGAAUAA